AGCAUAGAUAUACAUGUUUUUGGACAUUAUCGUCCUGUUUAUUUCUCAAAAUAACUGUGAUUCAGUGGGGAUUUUUAAGCCACACGGAAGACACGGAAUCCAAUUACUGUACAUAAUCUGUGAUCACGAAGAUCACGAGCUCACGAGCAUCACGAGGAUCACGAGUCAGGGAAACAAUUGCGUGCAGGAUCUAGUUGUAGCCUGCCACCGCUGGUGUAAAGGGCAUGAUGUGCGUGUGUUAUGUUCCCCAUUAAACAUGGCCACAACCAGGGGUCUCGUCGCUAUUUGUGGUAGUCGACAUGUUAAUUUAGUUGUAUUACAGUCGAUAAAUAAAUUUCCAUGCCGAUAUUUUCAUAAAUGUGCAGAAUGCGGACGAAUCUACAGCUCAUCAUUGACUGCAGUUGAAGUGGUGAAGAAUGUAACAGCAGCUAACAAACGACAUUUAACAGCGGGAAUGGUAUCUUUUCAUCGAUAUUUCCACCAGUCAUCAACACACAAACAAAAGAAAAGGGACUACUAUGAAAUUCUUGGCGUUUCACGGAAUGCAUCAGCAAAAGACAUAAAAAAAUCUUACUACCAGCUGGCCAAAAAGUACCAUCCAGACACAAAUAAAGGUGAUCCGGAUGCUGGACGAAAAUUCCAAGAAGUUUCAGAAGCUUAUGAGGUACUCAGUGAUGAUGCCAAACGCAAGCAAUAUGAUGCAUGGGGUACAACUUCAGAACAGAUGGGAAUGGGUUCUGGGGGGAUGGGUGGGGCAGAAGGACAAAGAUUUAGCCAAGGCUGGCAAUUCAGAUCCUCCAUUGACCCAGAGGAGCUUUUCCGGAAAAUCUUUGGAGAUGCUGGCUUCAAGACUGGUGGAUUUGGAACUGAAUUUGAAGACUUUGCAGAAUCUAGUUUCGGAUUUGGUGCUGCUCAGGAGGUGAUCAUGAACCUGACAUUCACACAAGCAGCAGCAGGUGUUAACAAGGAUAUUCAUGUGAAUGUAGUGGACACAUGUCCUAAGUGUAACGGGUCACGUUCAGAGCCAGGUACAAAAGCUGUGAGGUGCUCCUACUGUAAUGGAACGGGCAUGGAAACCAUAAGUACAGGUCCAUUUAUCAUGCGAUCGACAUGUCGUUAUUGCCAGGGAACAAAGAUGUACAUCAAAUUUCCAUGUGCUGAAUGUGAGGGGAAAGGCAGUACUGUGCAGCGGAAGAAAGUCACUGUUCCAGUACCUGCAGGUGUGGAAGAUGGUCAGACUGUGCGCAUGCCUGUCGGAAGGAAGGAAAUAUUUAUCACAUUUAGGGUAGAGAGGUCUGAUUAUUUUCGUCGUGAUGGAGCUGAUGUUCACACAGAUGCAGAAAUUUCACUAUCACAAGCUCUUUUAGGUGGAACAAUUCGUGUCAGAGGAAUCUAUGAAGAUCAGACAGUACAGAUUACACCUGGCACUUCAUCACAUACUCGAAUAAGGCUGACUGGAAAAGGAAUGAAAAACAUGAACUCAUAUGGCUAUGGUGAUCAUUAUGUGAAUCUCAAAAUUUCUGUACCUAGAAAACUAAACGAAAAACAGCGUGCAUUAAUUCAGGCUUAUGCAGAACUGGAAGAUGACACACCUGGAAUUAUCCGAGGCAUCACAUACAAAAAAGAUGGAAGUAGGCAGUGUAUCACAGAGCCACAGGAUCUCCUUCAGCAGCUGCGAAGAGCUCUUGUCAGUCAUGGAAAAGAGAGCAGUUCAUCCUCAGAACAAGGAAUGGCAGCCUCCAGUGCUGCUGAAAAGUUUAACAAGUCCACUGCACAGACAGCUGAAGGAUGUGAGAGAAUAGUUAGGAAGAUAGUAGACAACUUGGAGGAAGAGAAAGCAUCAGACCCACAGAAACUUUCUAAGAACCAAGGGAACAUGUAAAAGCAACUGUUUCUUUAUAUACCAUGUUUCCAAUGCUAUUGUUGCUAGUACCCGGUAGAUGCAUUAACUGUGAUUUAAACAUUUACAUUAUGACCCAUUUGUAAUACAGAUUUUGUUUCUUAAUGAAGUGAAAUAUUAGGUGAUGGAAUCACUCAUUCACUUCACAUAUCAAGUGAAAGUCAUUGUAUGAGCUUGGGAAUUGAAAUUUUCUUAUUGGAGAAAGUUUGUAACUAGCGAUAUUACAGAUGGGUUAUAUGGUGCUUACCUGUUACCACAAAAAUUUUCUUGUAUAUGUAUAUAAAGAGGGAGCUGUAAGUGCAAAAGAGUAAUAAAUAAAUUUAAA